AUUUACCAGGUUCUCAUUCAGACAUUCGUUAAAAUUAUGCACGAACUAUUUUGUGAAAAAUUUUAUAGUUCCGGUGAAAUGCGUUGCUCGGUCUAAACUUAACUUGGUGUCUGGCAAUCAACAUGGCUGGAAACUAUUACUUUGUGAUGGUUGGUCAUCAUGACAAUCCUAUAUUUGAGAUGGAAUUUUUCCCACCAAGCAGGACAAAUGAUCCAAAGAAAGAUGAUCAUCGUCACUUGAAUCAGUUUGUGGCGCAUGAGGCUCUUGACCUGGUAGAUGAACAGAUGUGGUCCACCAGUAAUAUGUACCUCAAGAUUGUUGACAAGUUUAAUGAGUGGUUUGUGUCUGCCUUCGUUACUGCAGGACGUAUGAGAUUUAUAAUGUUACAUGAAGUUAAGAAUGAAGAUGGAAUCAAAAACUUCUUUACUGAAGUAUAUGACACUUAUAUCAAGCAUGCCAUGAAUCCAUUCUAUGAGAUCAAUAAACCUAUUACAUCAUCUGCUUUUGAGAAGAAAGUUCAACUUUAUGGUAAAAAAUACCUCACUGGAUAGUUUUAAUGUAUCCUGAAACCAAUAGGAAUUAUAUAAUAUCAAGUUUAAGACCUAGAUCUGUGAUAAAUAUUUGAUAAUUACACUGUAAUAUUGUCUUACAUGUGAAUAUGUUUAAUUUGCUGAUAGAUAUAAAGACAGAAACUUGUAUGUAAAAUGAAUGUUUUUUAUGAAGAAAAACAAACAGUUUGCAUUUGAAAAUACUGGAAACAGAAAUUAUUUUAUGGAGAAAAUAUGUACAAUGAAAGGAAUAAGGUGGAUUUUUAAGAAGAGUGUUGUACAAAUGAAGGAUCCACACCUUUACUGUAUUGCUGAUCUGAAAAAUAAUGAGGACCUUAUUUUUUCUUGCAAAAAGCUUCUGCAUAGAUUCAACAUUCCAGAUGUUUACAUAAAAUUACUUAUCAGUAACAAUACUUUGGAAGCAUGAGUGUAUUAUUUUCAAUAUACUUUAUUUGUUACAUUUAUUUCUCAUGUCAUAUAUUUAGUUUAUUGUGGAAUAUAAUAUUAUAACAGUUAAUCUACAAUAAUUGUCAUGUGAUUGUAGAUAUUUAAUGAAAGGGAAAUGUGCAAUUUUGAAAUUGUAAUUUGAAAAAAUAAAAUUUGUAUUAAACUGC